AAAAGAAAAUAGUGAUAUUUAAUUAAAUGUGAUGAAAUAUGUGUAUUGCACUUGUUUGCUAUAAUCCAGAAAUAUCUAUAUAUUAUUCUAUUAAGCAAUGAAUAAUCCCAUUUGUUUUUCUCAAUACUUUGUGAACAAACAAAAUAUAAGGUCACUUAAUAAUAUAUUAAAUCCAAAGUGUUUGAAAAGUGAAAAUUUUACUGAUUUCCUUAAAAAUAUAUUCGAAGAUGAACAAAUAAUAUGUGAGCUAUCUACUGAACUCAAGGAAUUAUUAUUUGAAACAAGGGAUAAUAUUAAAAGUUAUAGCAAAUAUGAUUUUAAAAAUUACAUAAUAAUAAAAGAUGUUGAACAUAGCUUGCGAACAAUUCAUAAGUCUGAUGUCGUGGCAAGUUGCACUAAUGCACUGGUUAAGGUAAUCCCGGCCAAAUUAUUUGGUAGCAACCACAACAAUAAAAUAUUUAACAAGUGUACAAAACUUAUAAUAUAUAGCAUGAGAAAUCAAUAUUUAUAUCUUGAAAAUUUGAUUCUGAAAUGGGAUUUUUCCAGGCUUCCUUGGAACACUGUUAUUGCUUCACUAUCUUCUAAAAUACUUUACUAUAUUCUGCACUGGAUCUUUAAAAUUAUUUUAUCUGCAAUAAUAUCCCUAAAUUUUUAUGUUACCACAUGUAAAUUAGACACUGAUGAAAAUAAAUUACAUUUUUUUUUAAAGAAUCAAUGGCAAAAAUUUUAUGAUAUAAAGUUAUCAAGUAUGAUAACUGCAAAAAUUAUAAGCAGAUUUGAACCAUAUUGCAUAGGCAAAAAAGCAAAAAAAAAGUACAGUUUGCAAGACAGAUUAAAAUUGAAAAUGUUGAAGAGAGAGAUUUUUAAAUUGCAUUUGGUCCUUAAAUGCAAUAACGAUUUUAGACCUAUUGUUCGAUAUAAGAAUGAAGCAAUAACUUCAUCUGAGAAAUAUAAAAUUAAGGAAAGAUUACAUUUUCUUCAUGUGCUAACUGGUAAAAGUUUUCAGAAAAUAGAGACAUAUUUUUCAGUUUUAUUUACAUUGUGGAUUAAAAAAGAUCGGCCAAAAUUAUAUUUUGUUAAAACAGAUCUCAGUAAUGCUUUUGGAUCUAUCAGUAAAGAAAAACUUUUAAAGAUUCUUUGUGAGCGACAUGUUGAAUUACAAAAAGAAGAAAAAUCAUUGUAUAUGAAAAAGAAAUUUGCCCAACAAUAUAGAGAAAUGGUUGCUGAGCUUAGAAAGCCACUGUUAAUCCGAGCAGGCUCUACGAUUUAUGAGUGGAAGGAAGGUUUGGUGCAAGGAUACAAAUAUUCCCCAGCAUUAUCCGAGUUGUAUUACUCAUAUUUAGAUAAAAUUUAUUUUUCAGAUCAUCUUCAAAAAGAUGAUCAUGAACUUAAGUUAUUUAUAAGAGUGGUAGAUGAUUAUUUGUAUAUUACAGAUUCUUUAGAAGAUGCCUACUUAUUUUUGAAUGCAUUGUCUAAUUAUAGGAAUGUGAACUUUAUGAAAACAUUUGUUAACUUUCAACAUCCAAUAAUAAAAUAUAGCCAGGAAAUAACUUUUCUUGGAUAUAGUUAUAAUACUGUUAAUAUGGAAGUAAGUAGAGCAAACUCUGUGUUUACUGGUGACCUGUGUUACAAAAUUAACUUUUCAGCAGCCAUUGCUAAUUUAGACAAAUUUUUAGAAAAUAGGAUAGGACAGUCUGGAAUUCAUAUCAACAGUCACAUUUUUAAUUUGUAUCACAAGAAUGAAGAACUGAUAUGGCAUCAUAUUUUUGUGACAUUAUGUUUAUCAGCUAAUAAGUUCUGCACAAUAUUAGCCAUUUAUUGUGAUGAGAAGCAGAUGUCACGUUAUUUAGCAAUUUACAAAAAAAGAGUAACUGUUAAACUUUGUAAUAGUAUUAUGGCGACUUUGAAAAGAAACCAACCAUCAGAUUUUAUUUUUAAAUAUUGCAUAAAUCAUUUUCGUUAUUUAUCAUUUAAAGCUUUGCUUUUAUGCACGCAAAAAACAAAAAAAUGCAAUGUGUUAGUCCCAUAUGUGAAUGUUGAAUUGGCUAAGACUAAUUGUAUUCAUGGCAAAUGGAGGGAUCAUUCUAGUAGGAUAUGCAAAAACGGUAAAAGUCAAAUGCAAGCUAUUAGGGAAAUAUGUAAAAGAGCAGAUCUUAAGAUAAUUAUGAAGAGUUUCAAUGACUUGCCAAGAGGUGUUCAAUGUUUUGAUCAUAAGAGAUUUUAUCAAUGAAUUUAUGGGAAAUAAAAUUAUUUAUAAAAAAAUUUAUAGUUUUAUUUUAAAUACAUACAUUUUACACUUAUAAGAUUCAAUUGGACGGAAUC